ACAAGUAACGAGACAAUGCGAUAAGUACGAGUAUAAACUAAUUAUUUUCCAAGCGGUGUCAAAUGUUUAGAAAAUCAUUUUUAUGUGUAAUGUGUGAAACUGAUUCAAUGAAAUGGACGUGGAAUUCCUGAGGUAUCAGUAUGAAAAUCGACAUGAUGGGGUCAUCACUAAAACUAGAUUCAAAAUUGGCAUUCGUCAUCUCCAAGUUAUAUACAUGGCCGCCUGUUCGGCCGCAAUGGGCGCUGUGCGCGGGAGCAUAGGAAUAGCCGUGAUGGCUGUCAAUGAUGUCUCACGGAGAAACGAUACUAACAUACAGAUUCACAACUGGGACUACAGGAUGCACGGUACUGUUCUGUCAUCAUUCUUCUUUGGGUACGCCGCCCUCUUGGUGCCAGCAGACUUGAUACUGGAGAAAAUUAAUGGCAAAGCGAUAACGACCACGAUACUCGCCGUUAACGGCGCCCUGUGUUUGACGAUGCCAAAUAUUGUGAACAGGGGUGGCUGGAUCGCCACUUGCAAUGCUUUGUUCAUGAUGGGAAUGACACAAGCAUGCUUGAAUACAGCCAACCAAAGUCUUUUGAAGAACUGGAUGCCGCCAAAUGAAAGCUAUUUAUGCAGUAGCUUUGUUUACGGAGGUCUUCAAGUCGGAGUUAUAAUAUCCAUUUACGUCGCCGGCAUACUUUCUGAAGCAAGACUUGGAUGGGAAUUAAUAUUCUACUCCUUGGCAAUGACAACUCUCUCUAUGGCAGUGAUCUGUGCUGCGCUAACAGCUAGUUCACCUACAGACCAUCCAGCGGUUGGAGAUGAGGAGAAAGAGUAUAUACGAGAGGCACAGAGCUUAUACAGAAAGAGACCAAUAACUGUACCUUGGCGUACAGUGCUGAGGACGCGUCAGUUCUGGGGUGUGACGUGUGCGCAUGCUGCGAGCAGUGCCAUCUUUGUAUUCUACCUGGUAGAUGUACCAGUAUACUUAACCAGCUUAAAUAUAUCAAUAAAUGAUAGUGCGUUCUACGUUCUUCUAGCAGUUAUUGCAAUGUGGAUUUUGCACGCGAUGACCUCACCCACCAUCGACUGGCUGACCAACUUCGCUAACGUCAGCAAUCUCUUCAAUGCAACACACCUAAGGAAAUUGAUCAACGCUAUAGGUGCGUUUGUGGCGGUGAGCGGACUAACGGUUCUACCCAAUUUAAUUGGCGCACGAACUGAUGUGGCGGUUAUAGUAUUAACUGCAACAUUGGCAUCGGUCGGUUUCCAAUACUCGGGGUUUCUAAAAAGCCUUCAAGAUAUGUCGGAAAAUUUCCCUGGGUCGUUAUUGCUUAUGACCAGUUCGAUUGCUGGUCUGGUUGGUGCUCUAACGCCAAUAGCAGUUGGGUUUAUAUUAACAGAUGACGUGAAUUCGCUAACGCGAUGGAGAAUUGUCUUCAUACUCCUUGCUUCCAUAUAUGCAUUGGGUAAUAUUGCGUACACCAUCCUUGGAAGCGGGGAAAGACAAGUCUGGGACGAGAUCAGGACCAAGAGAAAAUGUGGCUAUCACAACAUGUCAAAUCAACUGGAGUUAGAAGAACUAAACAGAAUGACAGAAACACAAGAGAAUAAUGAUAAAUCAUGAUCGUAUUC